AUGAAACAGGAAGUGCUCGACAAAGAGAAGGCCCACCCCGCCGACGGUUUUCCCGACGACCACGGUUCGUCGGACGCAAGCUCGGAAUCCAGCGCGCAGGCCGGUGUGCAAAGGAUCGAGGCCGUCAGCACUUCGUGGACGAAAUGGUCGCUGAUAUGGGCCUACGCGGGUCUCUACCUCAUGGCUUGCGCAACGUCUUUGGAGCAGCAGACGGUCAACCUCCUGCUGCCUUUUGCUACUUCGUCAUAUGGAGUACACUCGCUGCUGGCGACUGUUUCAGUGGUGCAGGGCAUCGUGAAUUCCGUCAUCAAGCCACCAAUGGGGAAAAUUGCGGACGUCUUCGGCCGAUUUGAGUCCUUCACUUUCGCCGUGGUCGUCUACACUGUUGGUUACAUCCAGCAGGCUGCGUCCAACAACAUCAACACCUAUGCAUCGGCUCAGAUCUUCUACGCUGCCGGUUCUCAGGGCCUGCAGGUUCUGCAACAGAUCUUCAUCGCCGAUACGACAGACCUGCUGAACCGUGCCCUCUUCUCCACCAUACCAGACCUGCCGUUCUUGGCAACUGUCUGGAUCGGACCAGAGGUUGCCGGAGCCAUCCUGCCCAACUGGCGCUGGGGUUACGGCAUGUGGGCCAUUAUUCUACCCGUCUGCUUCCUGCCCCUUGCUCUUUCUUUGUUUCUGAAUCAGCGGAAGGCGAGCAAAAUGGAUAUCCUGCCGCCUUCUCCGUUUAAGGACAAGGGAGUCGUCUUCGUGCUGAAAUCGCUGUGGUAUGAGCUGGAUAUUUUCGGUCUCCUGCUGCUCGCGGCUGCAGUAUCUCUGAUCCUCAUACCUCUGACCAUCGCGUCGAGGCAAAGCGACGGCUGGGCGAGCGGUAAUAUUAUUGCCAUGCUGGUCAUUGGCAUCGUCUGCCUUCUCAUCUUCCCGUUGUGGGAGAGGAGUAAGAAGCUGGCUCCGAAAGCGUUCUUCCCGCGGGACUUGUUCCAGGAAAGGACCGUUUUGGUGGGUAUCUCUAUCGCCUUCUUCUACUUCAUGGCUUUUUACUUGUCCGUAUACCCGUAUUACUCCAGCUACUUGAUGAUUGUGCAGAACAAGGGCAUCACAGCCGCCGGCCACAUAACACAGGUCUUCACCUUUUCCUCGACGGUGUCGUCAGUGGUCGUCUCGUUCAUGAUCCGAUACACGGGCCAUUACAAGUACUUUGUCACCUUUGGCGCCUGUGUUUACAUGAUGGGGCUGGGUCUCAUGUUUCGAUACCGCGUGGACGGCGCGUCAACGGCCACGCUCGUGGGGUGUCAGAUCGCCACGGGCAUUGGAGGGGGCAUGCUCAACGUACCGGCCCAGUUAGGCGUCCAGGCAUCGGCGAGCCACCAGCAGGUCGCUGCAGCCACUGCGGUGUUUCUUACAAUUCUGGAGAUUGGCGGGGCGGUAGGCAACGCGAUCUCGGGCGCAAUUUGGACGAACAGCGUGCCAAAGAAGCUGGAAAUGUACCUCCCGGCAGACAUCAAGGACCAAGCGUCGCUAAUCUACGGAAACGUUACACUGGCGUCUACCGGGUGGGCCAUGGGCACGCCGGAGCGCAUGGCGAUCAACCGGGCAUAUCAGGAGACGAUGCACACGCUACUAACGGUGGCCCUAUGCGUGUCGGCGCCGCUCAUCCCGCUGAGUCUGGUGAUGAAAAACUACAGCCUCGACAAGAUGGACCAGAAAACGAAGGGGCAUGUAAUUGGCCGGGGGGACAAGGCCGCGCCGGACGCGGGCCGCAGCGCAGACGGUGUUGAUGCCGCGGGCACGCGUGCGCGGUGGGCCGGCGUGCUGCGGCGCUGA